UUUCUCAAUUCCGUUUGGUUUACUUAUCGCUUGCUGAAAUGAAGAAUUCAAUUCCAUGUAUUGGCUUUUUUAUUGCCAUAUUAUUUUGUUUUGUUGAAUGUUCUGUCCUCCUGGAUGUCCCGUAUGGAGAAAAUGAACAACAAGUCCUGGAUUUGUACGUCCCGGAAGAUGAUUCAAUUCGGUUAAACAAAAUCAUUAUAAUGAUUCAUGGUGGCGCGUGGUGGAUGGGUAGGAAAGAAGAUUUGAAUCCAGAUGUUGCAAUUCUUCGCGCCGCACUUCCAGAUUAUGCUAUUGCCAAUAUCAACUACCAGUUAGGAUCUGAAGAGAGUCCGGGAUUUCCAAAACAGUUGGAUGAUAUUAAGGCGGUAAUUGCAUUUUUGAAGUCCAGCUUCACUACCGACUUAUCAUUUGCAGUUUUUGGCGUUUCCGCGGGAGCGCAUUUAGCAAUGCUCUACAGUUAUUGGUGGGAUCGAAACAAUCGUGAUGUCAAGGUGGUUGUAUCUCAUGUUGGACCUGUGGAUUUCAUGGACGACGGAUAUUGCAGGAAUAUAUUGUUGUACCCAUUAAUAGUGCCCUUGAUUGGACCUCAUCCGUGCGCAGAGUUCCCAGAAAUUUGGAAUCAGACCAGUCCAAUUAAUUACAUAGAGGAAGCAACUCCACCAACCAUUGGAUUUUAUGGUAACCUUGACAUCCUUGUCCCUUUUGGACAGAUGCCUGCCCUUCAAGGACGAUUGGAAUCGGUGGGAGUUGCUAAUGAAUUUACCAGAUAUCAAGGAGGACAUAAUGGCUGGCCCGAUACAAGCAUUCAGGACAUGUACAGAAAAAUAACUGAUUUUCUGCAGGUUCAUAUGUAAAAUGGUAAUCUGGCGGAUUGUUGAGACACUAUAACUAAUACUUAACUAAUUUUGUGUGGUUGAAGUAGAACAAAUGAUUGCUAAAAAUAUAUCAACAUUUUAAUGAUGCAUUGUAUUAAA